AAACAUCUUGUGUUUUGAUACCUUCAGUAUUCUUGUACAUAUUGACUGAAGAGCUGGUAUCAUGUUGCUGUGCCCUUGUUUUAAGCUCACUUGCAAAAAAAAAAAAAAGAACCACAUUAACAUUGAAAAUGAUUAAUAUGGUUAAUAGACAGAUUGUCUAAUAUUCACCAAGCAAUCCUGUCUGUGUGCAAAAUGGAACACCUAAAGCAUUAAAGCAAAAUGUGAAGAAUUCAUUAUUUUGUUUGUAGCAAAUGUAUCUUGACUUUUUCCAUAUAUUAUACAAUAUGGAAGAGACACCUGUUCCCCCCCAAACUCUGGUAGGUGUAUAAAGACAAUCUUAACUGAACACUUUCCCUCUUGGCAUGAGUGUCAAGUGAAGCAGUACCAGUCUGUACCACAUUGCCCUUCCUACUGCAUGAAUCAUAACACCAGGGCUGCCCCACAAGCCCUUCCCCAUUCUUCAAAAAUUAAACUCCACCAGCCCAUCUUCCCCGUGCCAGCUCUCAAAAGCCUGUUUUGUUAGACUUUGUGAGAACGGGAGGCGGCUCUGGCCUUUGUUUGCGUAACAUCAUUGCCCUUUGUUUCCUUGAACUGCAUGAAGAAAAAAAGCCAUUGUCUUUCUGGUCACAAAAGGACCAGGCCCCUCUAACCACCCCGCUUUCUCUCACUCUCCGUUGUUGUGCUACCAUUUUACUUGGCACAGCCACGGCUGCUGCUCAAGUGGACCAGUGUGCCUGGUGUUGAGGCGGGGCGUAGGGGCUGAGGCGGUCUCAAGAUCUCGUAGAGUUCGUAGUCAUGAGGAGCCUGAGGGGAGAGUCCUGUACAUACUCCAGCACUGCGAUAUCAAACUGAAGACUCAUAGGAGGCUGAAUUGCUUUGUUUCUUUUUCAUACAAGAGAUUUACAAAUGAUUCCUAGCAAAAAGCCCUGGCUUCUUGGAACCUCAGGUUGUUAUGACUGCUGCGUCCGCUGCCUGGCGGGGAUCCCCUAUGCCUCUCUGGUGGCCACCCUGCUGUGCUUCUUGGGCGUGGCCCUGUUUUGUGGCUGUGGACAUGUGGCACUGAGUGAGACCGAGAAGCUCAUUGAAACAUACUUUGCCCGUAACCAGCAGGACUACAUUAUCCUGUCUAACUUUGUUGAGUAUUUCCAGUACGCUAUCUACGGCCUGGCCGCAUUCUUCUUCCUCUACUGCAUCUUGUUGCUGGCCGAAGGCUUCUACACCACCAGUGCUGUAAGGCAGACCUACGGGGACUUCAGGAGCACCAGAUGUGGCCGCUGUGUCAGCACAACGUUUGUGGUGGUGACAUACAUACUAACUGUCAUCUGGCUAGUGGUGUUUGCCUUCUCGGGACUGCCUGUCUACUUUUUGUACAACAUGUCAUUCACCUGCCACACCAUUAACCUGUUGGCCGAAGCCACAACAAGUCUCACCCAGCACAGUUGGGUCUGCAUUGAUGCUAGGCAGUAUGGAUUGCUACCCUGGAAUGCAACCCCAGGGAAGGUGUGUGGAAUGACCCUGGUGGCUGCCUGCAAAACUAAGGAGUUUUUCCUGACCUUUGACCUCUACAUAGCUGCUUUUGCUGGAGCUGGGAUUACCUUGCUAGCUCUGUUUGUCUAUGUGAUUGCCACCACCUAUAACUUUGCAGUCUUGAGGUUUCUUGGCAGGAAGGGCAUAGGCCCACGUUAGGCAUUGUGUCCCAUCACCUCUCUGGCUCUGUUUUCCCUCCAUCCACUCUUCUAUUGCUGGGGGAUAAAGGGGGGCAUUUAGGGUGUCAUGAAACUCUUAACUCUCUCUACAAUAAACAUAGCAAGGCUGCCUGUUUUCUCAAAGGGCUCUUGGAUUCAAAUGUAUUUAAAUUGUCCGUGUUUUAAAGAGGACAGUUAGAGUUGAACACAGCCCUUACCCUUUG